AUGGGAAAUGCAUGUCAUUGCCAAUAAUUCACUACCGAGAAUAUGGAACUUAUGUCUGGGAGAAGUGAGAUCGUAAAUAAAAAAGGAGACACCAUAACCAUCCCGCACCAGAAUGGAACGACUGUAACCAAAAAAACUACACAUAAACAAAAUGAUGAUGAUGGAGAUGAGGAUCAGCAGGUUUAGGAAGUCUAAUAAAUCGAACUAAAACGAGGCGAUAAAAAGAAGUAGGCCAAGAUCAAUGCAGUCUCAGAUACAGUGGAAAUAUUUGAAAACAUCAAGAAACUGGAUAAACGAAAGUCACCAUUCGAUUACUAAUUAAUGUUAAAUGCCUUCAAUGAGCACUUCAUCUUUAAAUCGGUGCCUUAGAGUGACAUAGAGUAUGUGGUUGAUCAAAUGUUUUAUUGUACCGUUCCUGAUGGCCAAUUCGUCUUCAAGUAAGGAGAUAAGGCUAGCUCCUAUUUUUUGAUUGAGAGGGGAUAAUGUCAGAUUAUCAUUAAUGGCGAACUCAAAAAAACGCUAAAGAGUGGAGACGCCUUCGGUGAAUUGGCUAUGCUGUACAAUGCACCUAGGAGUGCUAGUGUCAGAGCCGUUGGAGAUUGUGCAUUCUGGGCCAUUGACAGAAAUACUUUUAGGAAGGUGGUAGAAUAGCAAAAUUAGAGGAGUUAUGAAGAAAAUAGAGAGUUUAUGAAGAAGGUUGAAUUUUUUUCUUUUUUAACUGAAGAAUAAAGAGAUGCAAUUUCUAGUGUUUUAAUUACUUCGGUUUUUAAAAAGGGAGAAAUCAUAGUCUCUGAAGGGGAUGUGGCUAAUUCAUUUUACAUAAUCAAAAAGGGCAAGGUAGCCAUCAUCAAGGGAGAAAAAGAAGUAUCUUAAAUGAAUUCUGGAGAAUCCUUCGGCGAAGCUGCCUUGUAUUAAAGUUGUCAAAGAGCUGCUACAGUUAAGGCAGCCGAAGAAGAAGUGAGAUGUCUCUCGUUGUCAAAGGAUGAUAUCCAGAGAAUAUUAGGCUAAAAAAUAUAGACUGUUAAGUACAUCAAUACUUAAAAAUGGGCAUUGUAACAGAGUCCUUUGUUGGGAAAACUAACUUCAAUUCAGAUUGAGAAGAUUCUAUAAAACAUUAGAUAAGUGCACUAUGAGAAGAACGAGGUUAUUAUUAAGGCAGGACAGCCUUGCACUAAGGUUUAUAUAAUCUUAGAAGGAGAAAUAGCUACAAUGCCCUCUAAACAAUAGGUAUUGGGCAAAGGCAAAAUCUUUGGAGAAUAGUUUUUGAAAUCGUAAAAUUAAGACAGCAAACUUCCUGAGACAAUUUAAGUAUAAACAGAUGAAUCAAUCAUUGCAGAAUUUGAAAUAAAGAUGUUUUUUGAUAUGAUUGGAGGUAGUGUGGAAUAGAUGAUAUAGAAGAAUGAAAAUUCACAUGAAUAGAAGUAUCUAAAUAGAGUUAGUGUGUAAUAAUAAAAGAAAGAUUAUUCAAAUUUAAAAUUAGAUAAUUUAAUUUGCAUCAAGAAAUUAGGUUAGGGUUAAUUUGGGAAUGUCUAUUUGGUGAGAACAGCUUAAGAUGAAAAAUUAUAUGCGUUGAAAUGUAUUAGCAAGGCUUAGAUUGUUGAAUAACAUUUGGAAAGGCAUUUAGCUUAAGAAAAACAGGUUCUGUCAACAAUUAACUUUCCAUUCUUGAUGCAAUUUUAUAAAAGUAUGAAGGAUUAGAAUUACAUUUAUUUCUUGGUAGAGUUUAUUAAGGGAAUGGA